UUGAAGCACAGUUCACUAUGAUCUUACUCACAUUCAGCACUGCAAGACGGUUGGAUUUCGUGCAUCAUUCCGGGGUGUUUUUCUUGCAAACCUUUCUGUGGAUUUUAUGGGCUACAGUCUGCGGAGCGGAGCAGUAUUUCAAUGUGGAGGUUUGGUUACAAAAGUACGGCUACCUUCCACCAACAGACCCCAGAAUGUCGGUGUUACGUUCUGCAGAGACCAUGCAGUCAGCUUUAGCUGCCAUGCAGCAGUUCUAUGGCAUUAAUAUGACAGGAAAAGUAGACCGAAACACAAUAGACUGGAUGAAGAAGCCUAGGUGUGGUGUGCCUGACCAGACUCGAGGAAGCUCCAAAUUUAAUAUUCGUCGAAAGCGAUAUGCACUAACAGGACAGAAGUGGCAACACAAGCACAUCACUUACAGCAUAAAGAACGUAACUCCAAAAGUAGGAGAUCCUGAAACACGUAAAGCUAUUCGCCGUGCCUUUGAUGUAUGGCAGAAUGUAACUCCUCUGACAUUUGAAGAAGUUCCCUACAGUGAAUUAGAAAAUGGCAAAAGGGAUGUGGACAUAACAAUCAUUUUUGCAUCAGGUUUUCAUGGAGACAGUUCUCCCUUUGAUGGAGAGGGAGGCUUUUUGGCACAUGCCUACUUCCCUGGACCAGGAAUUGGAGGAGAUACUCAUUUUGAUUCAGAUGAACCAUGGACCCUAGGAAAUCCUAAUCAUGAUGGAAAUGACCUCUUUCUAGUUGCAGUUCAUGAAUUAGGACAUGCUCUAGGGUUGGAACAUUCCAAUGACCCCACAGCAAUCAUGGCUCCAUUUUACCAGUAUAUGGAGACAGACAACUUUAAACUACCUAAUGAUGAUUUACAAGGCAUCCAGAAAAUAUAUGGUCCACCUGACAAGACCCCUCCACCAACAAGACCUCUACCAACAGUGCCCCCACACCGCUCUAUUCCUCCGCUAGACCCACGGAAGAAUGACAGGCCUAAACCUCCACGGCCUCCCACUGGCAAACCUUUCUAUCCUGGAGCCAAACCCAACAUCUGUGAUGGGAACUUCAACACUCUCGCCAUUCUCCGCCGAGAGAUGUUUGUUUUCAAGGACCAGUGGUUUUGGCGGGUGAGGAACAACAGAGUGAUGGAUGGAUACCCCAUGCAAAUUACUUAUUUCUGGCGGGGAUUGCCUCCAAGUAUUGACGCAGUAUAUGAAAACAGUGAUGGAAAUUUUGUCUUUUUUAAAGGUAACAAAUACUGGGUGUUCAAGGAUACCACUCUUCAACCAGGUUAUCCACAUGAUUUAAUAACACUUGGAAAUGGAAUUCCCCCUCAUGGCAUUGAUUCUGCCAUUUGGUGGGAAGAUGUGGGGAAGACCUACUUCUUCAAGGGUGAUAGAUACUGGAGAUAUAGUGAAGAAAUGAAAACCAUGGAUCCUGGCUAUCCAAAACCUAUCACAAUAUGGAAAGGUAUCCCAGAGUCUCCUCAGGGAGCCUUUGUACACAAAGAAAAUGGCUUCACAUAUUUCUAUAAAGGAAAAGAGUACUGGAAAUUCAAUAACCAGGUACUUAAGGUAGAACCUGGGUAUCCCAGAUCUAUCCUCAAGGAUUUUAUGGGCUGUGAAGGACCAACAGACCGGGACAAAGAACGACAUAGCCCACAAGAUGACGUAGAUAUUGUCAUCAAACUGGACAACACAGCCAGCACUGUGAAAGCCAUAGCUAUUGUCAUCCCCUGCAUCCUGGCCUUAUGCCUCCUUGUAUUGGUUUACACAGUGUUCCAAUUCAAGAGGAAAGGAACACCCCGUCACAUACUGUACUGCAAACGCUCUAUGCAAGAGUGGGUGUGAUAAAGGGCUUUUUUUUUUUCCUUUCUUUCCCAGGAGUUUGUGGUAACUUGAGAUUCAACACAAGAGCUGUUAUGCUGUUUCCUAGCUAGGAGCAGGCAUCCGUCAGCCUGGAUCAGGGCUGAUCUUUAAAACCCAGGGGGUUGCCUGUCCUGCGCCUGAGUGUGAAUUCACUCGUGUGGGAAGCUUCCAUGACACACAGUAUCUGCCGUUUCUUCAGUCCUUUGUCUCUCUUCGUCAUUCAGUUCUAGGCCUUUCCUCUGCACGCUCAAUGCCCAAUACAGUUUUAGGAUUAACUAAAGAAGAGGAAAAACAACAAAAAAGAAGAUUAUUCUUAAUGAUUUCAAACAUUAUCCCCUACUUUAACCCCUCCGAGCCCCCAGAAGCUUGAUCACAUUUCUGGAGGGGAAAAAAAAAAAAGAAGUUUUUGCUUACAAAAAAGUUUUGAACAAGACAACCCAUAAUUGAACUUUCAGGAAAGUGUGAAGACCCAAAACAGCUUUGUCUCCAAAGAGGAUUGUUUUCUGUCUGCUAUGGAUCUAGUCCUUUACUCCUACACGUAAUUUUUUGUCUGGUGGGAGACCUGGAUGACACAUGCAGGACAUUAGACUGUUUGGACAGCCAUUUUCCAACCAACCAGGGGCCAAAAUAUCUGCAAUAUAGUGACAGCCUUAAUGAUACAUCCAUUUUGCGUUUUAUACAGCUGUUUGGAGCUAUGUCCUCAAUGUUUUAUCACAUUUAUAUCCAUAUAACUAAAUUCAAACAGAACCUU